AUGACAGCCAAAUGUCCGCCGCCGACCGAUGCCUUUCGAGAUCUGUCUCGCAUUUUUGCGAGCAGAGGCGGCCGCGUCCUUGAAUUUGAGAUCCUAGUGCCGGGGUUUGGUCCCGUGCUUGAAGAUGAUGGCGCGGUCGGAGUCUCGAAGAAGUACCUACUACAGGCGUUUGUAACUGCGCGACAGAUAUUUUUCGACAGUUUGAAGGCGAACCCUAAUUAUACCGGCGACGAUACAUUGCCAGGAAGCUCAAAUCACAAGGUCCACGGCGAGGAUGCGGAUAAGGACGUCGCAGUUGCCUCCGAGAUCAUCCUCCUCUUCGAUUGCGAACAUCUGACAGCAUGUAACUGGAGAAAGAAAAGGCUAUGCGCCCUAUCCAGUUCAGAUAAGGAAACACUUAUCCAUGCCUUGGAUAUCGAACUCUCCUUAAUGACAACAUUCCUCGGCUCCCCGCUCCAUCGCCAUACCAAGUCGCCGACACUCUGGCAGCAUCGUCAAUGGAUUCAAUCGCAGCUUAUUCGAUUGCGAAAGCCAGACUUCGAGGGUGUCCAAGAAAUUCUUCACAGCGAAUUGGCUAUUGCUCUAAGAGCAGGGCAACUUCAUCCCCGGAACUACUACGCCUUUACCUACAUUCGACAAAUGCACCGCGUACUAUCCGGGCUAGGUCAAGAAGAUAGCGAAGCAUGGAUUGUCCAACUAGCACAGUCCAUUGUCAAACCUACAUCGGACUGGUGCAUUUUACAUCCGGGUGAUAUAUCAGGCCUGAUGUUCCUGCUUUAUCUGCUAGAUGCUGUUCCAGAUGCCGCUCUUCGGCUCGAAACUGUCGCCCGAGUAGUUCGCUAUGCUCUGAAUACCGACUGGGAGCGCGAAAGCAUUUGGACGUUCAUCGACCUGGCUAACAGGAAAUUCAAACUACUUGAAUCUCUGGGAGAUUCACCAACAUACCCAUGGAGUGCCCUCUGCCACUGUGCCUUGUCGGACAAUCUGCAGCAGGGCGCGAUUAAGGCCGGCCCGUCAUGGAAGACAUGGCUUGAUAGGGCACGCAUUCACUGGUCCCAAAGCCGACAAACCACACAUACACCACCCACGUAA